CAACCGUUUUUAUUUUUUAUACAGAAAUAUUAUGCAUAUCCAGGGUUGUUAAAUUACCGUAAUUUAUUCGCUGGUAAAAUACGGCGGUAAAAUACGGUAAAAUACGGUAUUUUACCGUAUUUUACCAACUUGAAUAUAAUGAACUCAUAGUGUUCAAACUUCAAACCUUCAAAAGUUCAAACAUAUAAAAUUAUUGUAUAUUAUGUAAUGGGUGGAAAUUUCAAUAAUUUUCUGCUUGAAAUUUGAAAACAAUAUGAAACUAUAAAAGGGUUAAAAUUAAAAAUUACAUUAACAACACUUGAAAUUGAAAAACAUUGAAGUUACUGAAAAUUACUAAAAAGUAAAAACUAAAAAGUGAUGAAAGAUGGCCAAUGCCAAUGGGGAAAAUUAAUUGUAUAACCAAUAACCAUGCAUAGAUUAAAAUUUAAAUUUAAAAUCAUUCAACAUUGUCAAAAAAUAAAAAAUUGACCAAUUUGGUUAUUUUAAAUAAAAUGAUUGAAAUAACCAAAAUUUAAUGAUUUUGAAGUACAUUUUAAUGACAUUUCAACAUGUUUUCACGAUUUGAUGCAAUUUUUUCUGAUUUUUGACCAAUUGUGAUUGUGAAUGAUUUUCUGGCAAUUGUUUGGUAAUUUUCAAGAUAUUUUCCUGUUUAUAUGUAGCAUGUAUCAAUUAUCAUUAGCAUUGAUGCAAAUUAAUUGUGAAUUUUGAUGCCAAUCAUCUUCAGCUGUUUGAGCUGUUGAUUCAUCCUUUCAACUUUCAAAUAAUGUGGCAAAAAAAUGCUUUUUGGUAAUUUACGGUAAAAUACGGUAAUAAACUUUUGGUAAAAUACCGUAAAAUACGGUAAAAUACCGCCGUAAUUUACCGACAUAAAUUACCUUACAACCCUGUGCAUAUCCAUUUGUUGGAGUUGGCGACAUGCCAGUUGGUUCGUGGGAAGUUACAACCAAGUUUCUUUUCAAUUACACUCCAAUUACCAGAAAUGUGGAUGUAUUCAAGGGUAUGAUAAGAGCUGACACUUACAUUCGACUGUACAGUAAAAAAAAUAAUAAACCACUGACAUUGUAUUCUGGCACUCAUCAAAGACAGAUAGAAGAAACAAAAACUUCUUGCAUUUACCAGACAUGUAAAUCAACUGUAAUCGAUUCAUUUUGGAGAAUUAUCAUAGAUGAUAAUAGCAAGGCAGUCAUGUUAGUAACCCAGCAUACUCUAAAGAAAUGUAAUCCAGAGUUGUUUUUAUGCGAAAAAAAUCUCAAAGUGAAAACAUACAAAAAGGGUGGCUGCAUAUAUACAUGUUCACUAGAUGGGACUGAUCAACAACUCAAAGGACUGGAUCUUCCUCCGUUGAGGACUACCGGAUACUUGGAUUUAACAUUUCAAAAAAUAAACUCUUCAGAAUCACAAAUGUCAGAGCCAACAGAGCCGCCUGAGGAAACUGAUAUAAUGGAUUUCUUGAACAACCCGUUCAUCAGGGAUGCUAUCAAGAAUGUUGACGGAUAUAUUGGCAAUAAUGUGAAGAUUCAAUAUGCACCUAUUGAACCUGCCAGAAGCUGGUGGCCUGGUGGCGGUCGCCGUAGCAGCGGAGGAGGACGGUACAGUGGUGGUGGUUCGAGUGGUACUUCGUUUAUUACUACAGCUGCAGUAGCUGCAGGAGGUGGUGGAGGAGGUGAUAUAUAAUUAUCAAAUUUUUAAACCAACAGCUUUUUCAUGUUGAAUUUACAGUAUUUCUAUGUAUGUAAU